GGGACCUGUUGUGAUAAGCUCUGUCAGCUGUCAGAAUCGCCAACCUAACUUUUCGUACCAGCUGUUGUUGCUGUUGACGUCCACACGAAAACAAAUAAUGCAGGACCUCCCAAUUGAAAUCAACGCAGGGAAACUGCUUGAGUGGCUGAUCAGUCGGCACCAUUGCAAAAGGGACUGGAGUGACAGACUGGCAGAUGUCAGGGCGAAAAUUAGUGCCGCGCUGCAGGACAUGCCGCAACAUGAUGGACUUGUGAAACUGCUUGAUGGAUCUUAUCUAGACUAUUGGGGCUGUAAAGGAGUAAUCGACGUUUUGAGGGAAACUGAAAAGGACUCAAAAAAUUUUCUCGGCCAGUACGGCUCUCGGAGAAUGAAGGACUGGCAGGAAAUUGUUAAAAGCUAUGAAAAAGACAACCUGUUUUUGGCGGAAGCAGCGCACCGACUUGCAAGAAACGUGAAUUUUGAAGUGCCCUACAACAAGAAGCUGGCUGCCAAGGCCCUGCAGAUGCAGGAUGAGGCUGAUCGCAGAGAGGCUGACUCUAUCAAAGCGGCUGCCAGUCUUCGAGCUGAAUACGCAACCCAGUGUAAAGCGCUGGGCGUUCCGGGCAACCAUUUGAAGCAAGAGUUAAUCCAGCUGUCCAGCCAACUGCCUGAACUGCUGAGCAAAGCAGCCCUGUUGGCCGCUGACACCCUUCCAGCGCAGAAACACUACGAGCAAACAGCAGCCGUCAUGCUCGACGCCGAGAUUAAGGUCCAGACUCCCCUCCUGGCAAAAUUGGCACAAAAGGGGGAUUUAACCGUUUAUGAGUGGAAAAAUGGACAGCCUCCAGUUAAAAUCGAGCAGGAAGAGAUUAAAUUCGAAAUCAAAGAAGAAGACACAGUAGAUGAGAUUGACUUUGGUGACGAGGUUGAUUUUGGUGACGGCGAAAUUGAUUUUGGCAUUGAGGUGGCUGACAGUGGCGUCGAAAAUGGCGUUAUUGAAGAAAUUAAAACGCCAGAAGAGCCUGCCGCCUCCACUGAGGAUGGUGUCGCCAGAGGAAAGGAUGCUCUCAGCGUCCUAGAUUUUCCUGACACGAGAAACCAGGUUCUUGACGAACUUACGGAAUUAGAAGCGUUUCUGCAGGCGAGACUGACUCAGGGCGAAGGAGUGGUUGGGCUCACUCAAAUCGAAGGUCUCUCUGAAAGCACCUUAACAAAGAUGAUUGGAUCUGUAGCAGCGAUGAAAGACGCCAUCACGGAGAAGAAAACGCAACAUUUGCACAAUAUCAAACACUCCAUCAGGUACGCAGACCAGUUAGCUGAGCAACUGAGCCAGAAAUUGUCUCUGGAGGCGAGAAUGCAGGCACGUGCCACGCUGGCGGCCGAGCAGCGCAGCGAGGCUGUGGCAGAAGCCGCCCGUCUGGGCCCGGCCACGCAGACACUGAUCCAGCAAACGCGUCGGCUGCAAUCUCAGGUGGAAGGCGAGCUGAGCAAAAAGUACUCGGGGCGUCCGGUGAUGCUGACGGGAGGUGCGGGGGUGCUCACAGCAUGAACACAUUCUGCAGAAGGCGCAGCGGCGACGAGUGGCACAGUGCUUUCGUCCGAGGACACGGGUACUGCCUCAGGCAGAGGGACAGCUGCCGGUCGCACUCGCACAGCAUCUGCGCGCACGAACCUCCUCCGCCCCACUCCCCAUGCUCGACCGCUGUGAAAAUUCAUUAUUGUCAUUAUUUUGUUGAAUCGUGCAUCUUCUACCAUAUAAAUUUGUUACCUAUUUUUAAAAACUAAAA